AUGUGUGUCAGCACCACCAUAGCAGCAGUGAGGGAAGCUCUAACCAGACUAGAACAAUCUCCGCGAGCAUCCGACACAGCCACCUAUGUCACGCUCCUCAAACAAUGCGGCGGCGCGAGAGCCCUGUGCGAGGGCCAGAGAAUCCACCGCCUCCUGUCCGCGGCGGCCAUAGACACCACCCUCUUCCUCGGCAACUCCCUCGUCCAGAUGUACGGCGCCUGCGGCAGCCUCGACGACGCGGGUACGGCAUUCGACCGCCUCGCCCACCCAAACGCCUUCUCCUGGAAUAUCCUCAUCCUCGCCUACGCCCAGAACGGCCAGAUUCCCCUCGCCCGAGAUGCCUUUGACCGAAUGCCCGCGCGGACCAGCGUGACGUGGAACACACUCCUAACAGCAUAUGCUCGGGCUGGGCAUAUGCCGGAAUCGGAGCUCCUGUUCAAAAAUAUGCCCGAGAGGGGCAUCGUGACGUGGAACAGCAUCGUCGAGGCAUAUGCCCACAACGGCCUCGUCUCGAACGCCACGACUGCGUUUGACAAGAUGCCCUUCCACGAUGCGAUUUCCGGCACCACCAUGAUGACCGCAUAUGCCCAAACCGGGCAUGUCGUGGAGGCCAAAGAGCUCUUCCUGCGAAUGCCGGAGAAGACCUCCGUGUCCUGGAACUUCAUGAUCCUGGUGCUCGCGAACCACAAGGAGCUGGCCAGAGCGAAGACCCUCUUCGAUGCUAUGCCGGAGAGAACCGCCUAUUCGUGGAACAUCAUGAUCCAAGGCUACGUCGACAACUCGCGGUUCCAGAGCGCUCUCGCCGCCUUCGAGAGGAUGCCGCAGAGGAGCACCGCGUCCUGGAACACGGUGCUCGCCGGGCUCGUCGCGGCUGGGCACCUCCGCGAGGCCGAGAGGGUGUUCGAAGCGACGCCACACAGGGACUUACACGCGCACAACACGAUGGUCUCGGCGUACUGCAAAGCCGGGGCACUGCACAGAGCCAGGGAGUUAUUUGACGAGACGCAAAACCGGAAUGGUGUUACCUGGAACACGCUGCUGUCCGGGUACGCCACCGCCGGGGACAUGGCACGGACGAGGAGCGUCUUCGACAAAGUUCCCCACAGAAACUUCGUGUGCUGGAACGCACUGCUGCAGGCCUACGUCCAAAACGGGCAGCUCUCUACCGCCAAGGCCACCUUCGACGUUUCACCGUGCAGAGACGUUGCCUCCUGGAACGCGAUGAUGCAAGGCUUUGCGGAGGAAGGGCAGCUCCAGGACGCGGAGCUUCUUUUCCAGAGAAUGCCCAAGCGGGACGUUGUCUCUGCAACCGCAUUGGUGGUGGCCUAUGCCCGGCACGGGCAUAUCACCCAAGCCAGAGCCCUGUUCGACGGUCUUCCUGUCCGAGAUACCAUCGCCUGGAACGCCAUGAUCGCGGCCUACACCCAAGCAGGCCUUGCUCUGGAUGCUCUCAACCUGUUCAAAGUCAUGGACCUGGAAGCGGUGCCGCUGGACCACGCAUCUCUAUCCAGCGCUCUCGAUGCCUGCGCGACUCUGGCAGCUCUCCGCGAGGGGAAGUUGAUCCAUUCCAGCAUCCUUCACUCCGAGUUGUUCCACUCCAACACCAUCGUAGCCACGUCGCUCAUAACCAUGUACGCACGCUGUGCGCGGCUGUAUGAGGCGAAGAGAGCGUUUGACGGGCUCACAAAGCGGGACGUCCCUUGCUGGAACACGAUGGUUGCUGCUUACUCCCAAAACGGCCUCUUCCAAGAGAGCCUGGAGAUCUUCCGGACCAUGGAAGUCGAAGGACACAAGCCCCAGAGCGCCAGCUUCAUCUGUAUUCUAACUUCCUGUAGCCACGGAGGUCUGCUCACUGAAGCCCUGUGGUACUUCACAGCCUUGCAACUAGUCGAAGACCACGGGGUCGUGCCAACUGUGGAUCACUACAUCUGCAUCAUCGACCUUCUGGCAAGAAUAGGCUGGCUUCACCAGGCGGAAGAGCUGCUCAACACGAUGCCAUUCGAACCGGACUCUGUCGCGUGGAUGGCACUGCUCGGCGGCUGCAAAGGCCAGAAUGACGUCCAAACGGGAGCACGGGUGGCCAAACAUGUCUUCCAGCUGCAGCCAAGAACGCCUGCACUGUAUGUUCUCCUUUCCAACACUCACGCCUCCAAUGCCGUGGAGGACGAAGAGAUUCCGUGA